AUGAUGCAGAACACAGGAUGUCAGGAGGAUGCAAGCUCUGCCUGCGAUGUCACCUCUUUGCCCAAAGGUGAUGAGCUCAACAAAGGAUCCACUACAGAGGGCUGCAACGCUAUGAAAGCUCCCGACACAACCCCCAGCAGCAGCAUUGCUGGGCUCCUAAUUUAUUCAACUAAUGAGAAGAUGAGCAUCUACCAGGCCUUCAAAAAGGAACUGCUUCCGCCUGGCGUAGCUCUACUUCUGCUGGAAGCCCAAGCUGCAACGGGUUCUCUCAUCGACCCUGUGACAGAGCAGAGGCUGCCUGUGGAUGAUGCUCUACAGGCUGGGAUCAUUGGUCAUGACGUAUACAACAAGUUGCUGUCUGCAGAGAAGGCCGUGUCAGGUUACAAGGAUCCCACCACAGGGAAUACCAUCUCCCUAUUCCAAGCCAUGAAGAAGGAGCUGGUGGUGCGCUCUCAUGGCAUUCGGCUAUUGGAAGCACAACUGGCCACAGGCGGCAUCAUCGAUCCAACCUCGGGCUGUCGGAUUUCCAUGGCGGAUGCCUAUCAGCAAGGAAUGUUUGAUCAGGAGAUGAACAAUAUUCUCUCUGACCCCAGUGAUGACACCAAGGGAUUUUUUGACCCGAACACCCAGGAAAACCUCAGCUACCUGGAGCUGAAACAGAGGUGUGUGACUGAGCCAAGCUCCGGUCUCUGCCUGCUGAUCAUCACGGAUAAAGUGGUGAAAGGAAUCCAGAUUACCACUGAAGGAAAAACGAAGAACACCUUCAGAAGGACUUUGGUUUCAGUGAAAGCUGGCCGGUUCAGAGAACGAAAAGUGGCAUUAUGGGAAGUCAUCAAUUCAGAAUACUUCACUGCCGAACAAAUCUGUGAGUUUAUCAAAGAUUUCGAGUCUGGUAAAGCCACCAUCGAGAAAAUAAUCACAGUUGUCAUGACAACAAUUGAACAAACAGAGAGGGAGAAAAAGAUGGCCACAUUCCGUGGACUGAGGCGCAGGGUGACUGCAGAGCAACUCCUGAAAUCAAACAUCAUUGAUAAGAAACUCUACGAGGAAUUGGAGGAAGGGAUCACCACAGUUAAAGAAGUUACCAAAUUCCAGUCCGUGGAGCAGUACCUAACAGGAACAUGCAGUAUCGCUGGUGUCCUGGUGGAGAAAACCAAUGAGAAGAUGAGCAUCUACCAAGCCAUGAAGAAAGGUCUGCUGAUGCCUGGAACAGCCCAGAUCCUGCUGGAAGCUCAGGCAGCGACUGGCUUUGUCAUUGACCCAGUCAAGAACAUGAAACUUACGGUGGAUGAGGCGGUUAAGAGUGGUCUCAUUGGAAAAGAGCUCCAUGAGAAGAUGCUAUCUGCAGAAAGGGCAGUUACUGGAUACAAAGACCCCUACACCGGCAACAUCAUCUCCUUGUUCCAGGCUCUGAAGAAGGAUUUGAUCGUCAAGGAACAUGGGAUUCGCCUGCUGGAGGCACAGAUUGCCACAGGGGGCAUCAUCGACCCGGUACACAGCCAUCGCCUCCCUGUCGAUGUGGCGUACAAGAGAGGGAUGUUUGAUGAGGAGAUGAACAAGAUUCUGGCUGAUGCAGGAGAUGACACCAAGGGAUUCUUUGACCCCAACACCAAGGAGAACCUCACCUAUCUACAGCUGAAGCAGAGAUGUGUGAAUGAGGAGGAAACUGGCCUCUGUCUCUUGUGCUUGAGAGACCUCAAUUAUAUAGACAAACAGACAGAAGUGAUUUUCAAACAGACCACCUUCUCCAGCACGAUGGGCAUAUUUCAGGGAAAGACCUUGACAAUCUGGGAAUUUCUAAAUUCUAAAUAUGUCACAGACAGAAAGAGAAAAGAAGUGCUACAGCAAUACAAUUCUGGAUCAUUGACAAUACAACAGAUAAUUAGCCUUUUUACCAGGAUCAUUGAGGAGACUGAAAGAAUAUCCAGCUGCACAAUGACUGUAGAUGGAUUCCGAAAGAAAGUUUCCAUGCAGCAACUUGUGAACUCGCAAGUUAUAAAAAGUGAUACAUUCAAAGACCUGAGCGAAGGCAGGACAACAGUGCAAGACAUUCUGCAGAUGGAAUCAGUGAAGAGAUACCUGCAAGGAUCAAACAGCAUUGCAGGCAUAAUUGUGGAAAACACUAAUCAGAAGAUGGGGAUUUACGAGGCACUAAAAAAACGCCUGCUGAUGCCUGGAACGGCCCUGAUCCUGCUGGAAGCUCAGGCGGCGACUGGCUUUAUCAUUGAUCCAGUCAGGAAUCUGAAACUCACGGUGGACGAGGCUGUUGAGAGUGGUCUCAUUGGAAAAGAGCUCCAUCAGAAGCUGUUGUCUGCAGAAAGGGCAGUUACUGGAUACAAAGACCCCUACACCGGCAACAUCAUCUCCUUGUUCCAGGCUCUGAAGAAGGAUUUGAUCAUCAAGGAACAUGGGAUUCGCCUGCUGGAGGCACAGAUUGCCACAGGGGGCAUCAUCGACCCGGUACACAGCCAUCGCCUCCCUGUUGAUGUGGCGUACAAGAGAGGGAUGUUUGACGAGGAGAUGAACAAGAUUCUGGAUGAUGCAGGAGAUGACACCAAGGGAUUCUUCGACCCCAACACCAAGGAGAACCUUACCUAUCUACAGCUGAAACAGAGAUGUGUGAGUGACCAGGACACUGGUCUGUGCUUGCUGAAGAUAUCAAAUGGAAGCAUGCAGACUCACAAGGGAUAUACCAUUGAUGAAAUCAUGAGCGCAUUUCAGAAGGAGACCAUGUUUGUAUCAUGUGGCAAGUUCAAAGGCAGAUCUAUCUCAAUUUGGGAAAUCCUCCAUUCUGAAUAUUUCACAGAGGAGAAGAGGAAGAAGCUGAUGGAGAUGUACAGAUUGAGGGAAGAGUUUGAUAUGGCGACGGUGAUCACAACCAUCACCACAAGAGUUGAGGCAAGACAAAGCCAAUUGGACACCUCAAUCACCUUUGCCGGUCUCCGAGCAGAUAUUUCCCUUCAGGAAUUGGUGGAGUCGGAGGUUAUUGAUGAAGCAACAUUGCUGGAUCUGAAGGAGGGGAAGAAGACUGUGCAAGAAGUCAGUGAGCUGGAGUCGGUGAAGGUCUACCUGAAGGGAUCAGACAGCAUUGCCGGCAUCCUGGUAGGAUCAACCAAUGAGAAGAUGAGCAUCUACCAAGCCAUGAAGAAAGGUCUGCUGAUGCCUGGAACGGCCCUGAUCCUGCUGGAAGCUCAGGCGGCGACCGGCUUUCUCAUUGACCCAGUCAAGAACAUGAAGCUCACGGUGGAUGAGGCGGUUAAGAGCGGUCUCGUUGGAAAAGAGCUCCAUCAGAAGCUGUUGUCUGCAGAAAGGGCAGUUACUGGGUACAAAGACCCCUACACCGGCAACAUCAUCUCCUUGUUCCAGGCUCUGAAGAAGGAUUUGAUCAUCAAGGAACAUGGGAUUCGCCUGCUGGAGGCACAGAUUGCCACAGGGGGCAUCAUCGACCCAGUACACAGCCAUCGCCUCCCUGUUGAUGUGGCGUACAAGAGAGGGAUGUUUGACGAGGAGAUGAACAAGAUUCUGGAUGAUGCAGGAGAUGACACCAAGGGAUUCUUCGACCCCAACACCAAGGAGAACCUUACCUAUCUACAGCUGAAACAGAGAUGUGAGAGUGACCAGGACACUGGUCUGUGCUUGCUGAAGAUAUCAAAUGGAAGCAUGCAGAUUCACAAGGGAUAUACCAUUGAUGAAAUCAUGAGCACAUUUCAGAAGGAGACCAUGUUUGUAUCAUGUGGCAAGUUCAAAGGCAGAACUAUCUCAAUUUGGGAAAUCCUCCAUUCUGAAUAUUUCACAGAUGAGAAGAGGAAGAAGCUGAUGGAGAAGUACAGAUUGAGGGAAGUUGACAUAAAGACCCUCAUAACAAAAAUAAACACCAUUAUUGAGCAAACUCAAGACAAGACCAUUGCUGUGACACCUUCUGAGGCUCUGCCAUGUCAGAGCCCCCUGGUCUACACUGCAGAAGAGACUGAAGCUGCCUUUCAAAAGACAACACUCACCUUCACGCUCUGGUGUCUUCUUCAUUCUAAGCUCUUUACUGAAGAGGAGCGCACAUCAUUGAUUGACAGGUAUAUCAGGAAGGAGAUUGAUAUGGCGACGGUGAUCACAACCAUCACCACAAGAGUAGAGGCAAGACAAAGCCAAUUGGACACCUCAAUCACCUUUGCCGGUCUCCGAGCAGAUAUUUCCCUUCAGGAAUUGGUGGAGUCGGAGGUUAUUGAUGAAGCAACAUUGCUGGAUCUGAAGGAGGGGAAGAAGACUGUGCAGGAAGUCAGUGAGCUGGAGUCGGUGAAGGUCUACUUGAAGGGAUCAGACAGCAUUGCCGGCAUCCUGGUAGGAUCAACCAAUGAGAAGAUGAGCAUCUACCAAGCCAUGAAGAAAGGUCUGCUGAUGCCUGGAACGGCCCUGAUCCUGCUGGAAGCUCAGGCGGCGACCGGCUUUCUCAUUGACCCAGUCAAGAACAUGAAGCUCACGGUGGAUGAGGCGGUUAAGAGCGGUCUCGUUGGAAAAGAGCUCCAUCAGAAGCUGUUGUCUGCAGAAAGGGCAGUUACUGGGUACAAAGACCCCUACACCGGCAACAUCAUCUCCUUGUUCCAGGCUCUGAAGAAGGAUUUGAUCAUCAAGGAACAUGGGAUUCGCCUGCUGGAGGCACAGAUUGCCACAGGGGGCAUCAUCGACCCAGUACACAGCCAUCGCCUCCCUGUUGAUGUGGCGUACAAGAGAGGGAUGUUUGACGAGGAGAUGAACAAGAUUCUGGAUGAUGCAGGAGAUGACACCAAGGGAUUCUUUGACCCCAACACCAAGGAGAACCUUACCUAUCUACAGCUGAAACAGAGAUGUGUGAGUGACCAGGACACUGGUCUGUGCUUGCUGAAGAUAUCAAAUGGAAGCAUGCAGAUUCACAAGGGAUAUACCAUUGAUGAAAUCAUGAGCACAUUUCAGAAGGAGACCAUGUUUGUAUCAUGUGGCAAGUUCAAAGGCAGAACUAUCUCAAUUUGGGAAAUCCUCCAUUCUGAAUAUUUCACAGAGGAGAAGAGGAAGAAGCUGAUGGAGAUGUACAGAUUGAGGGAAGUUGACAUAAAGACCCUCAUAACAAAAAUAAACACCAUUAUUGAGCAAACCCAAGACCAGACCAUUGCUGUGACACCCUCUGUGGCUCUGCCAUGUCAGAGCCCCCUGGUCUACACUGCAGAAGAGACUGAAGCUGCCUUUCAAAAGACAACACUCACCUUCACGCUCUGGUGUCUUCUUCAUUCUAAGCUCUUUACUGAAGAGGAGCGCACAUCAUUGAUUGACAGGUAUAUCAGGAAGGAGAUUGAUAUGGCGACGGUGAUCACAACCAUCACCACAAGAGUAGAGGCAAGACAAAGCCAAUUGGACACCUCAAUCACCUUUGCCGGUCUCCGAGCAGAUAUUUCCCUUCAGGAAUUGGUGGAGUCGGAGGUUAUUGAUGAAGCAACAUUGCUGGAUCUGAAGGAGGGGAAGAAGACUGUGCAGGAAGUCAGUGAGCUGGAGUCGGUGAAGGUCUACUUGAAGGGAUCAGACAGCAUUGCCGGCAUCCUGGUAGGAUCAACCAAUGAGAAGAUGAGCAUCUACCAAGCCAUGAAGAAAGGUCUGCUGAUGCCUGGAACGGCCCUGAUCCUGCUGGAAGCUCAGGCGGCGACCGGCUUUCUCAUUGACCCAGUCAAGAACAUGAAGCUCACGGUGGAUGAGGCGGUUAAGAGCGGUCUCGUUGGAAAAGAGCUCCAUCAGAAGCUGUUGUCUGCAGAAAGGGCAGUUACUGGAUACAAAGACCCCUACACCGGCAACAUCAUCUCCUUGUUCCAGGCUCUGAAGAAGGAUUUGAUCAUCAAGGAACAUGGGAUUCGCCUGCUGGAGGCACAGAUUGCCACAGGGGGCAUCAUCGACCCGAUACACAGCCAUCGCCUCCCUGUUGAUGUGGCGUACAAGAGAGGGAUGUUUAACGAGGAGAUGAACAAGAUUCUGGAUGAUGCAGGAGAUGACACCAAGGGAUUCUUUGACCCCAACACCAAGGAGAACCUUACCUAUCUACAGCUGAAACAGAGAUGUGUGAGUGACCAGGACACAUGUCUGUGCUUGCUGAAGAUAUCAGAUGGAAAUGUGAAGACUCAUCAGGGAUAUACCAUUGAUGAAAUCAUGAGCGCAUUUCAGAAGGAGACCAUGUUUGUAUCAUGUGGCAAGUUCAAAGACAGAUCUAUCUCAAUUUGGGAAAUCCUCCAUUCUGAAUAUUUCACAGAUGAGAAGAGGAAGAAGCUGAUGGAAAUGUACAGAUUGAGGGAAGUUGACAUAAAGACCCUCAUAACAAAAAUAAACACCAUUAUUGAGCAAACCCAAGACCAGACCAUCGCUGUGACACCCUCUGUGGCUCUGCCAAGUCAGAGCCCCCUGGUCUACACUGCAGAAGAGACUGAAGCUGCCUUUCAAAAGACAACACUCACCUUCACACUCUGGUGUCUUCUUCAUUCUAAGCUCUUUACUGAAGAGGAGUGCACAUCAUUGAUUGACAGGUAUAUCAGGAAGGAGUUUGAUAUGGCGACGGUGAUCACCACCAUCACCACAAGAGUUGAGGCAAGACAAAGCCAAUUGGACACCUCAAUCACCUUUGCCGGUCUCCGAGCAGAUAUUUCCCUUCAGGAAUUGGUGGAGUCGGAGGUUAUUGAUGAAGCAACAUUGCUGGAUCUGAAGGAGGGGAAGAAGACUGUGCAAGAAGUCAGUGAGCUGGAGUCGGUGAAGGUCUACCUGAAGGGAUCAGACAGCAUUGCCGGCAUCCUGGUAGGAUCAACCAAUGAGAAGAUGAGCAUCUACCAAGCCAUGAAGAAAGGUCUGCUGAUGCCUGGAACGGCCCUGAUCCUGCUGGAAGCUCAGGCGGCGACCGGCUUUCUCAUUGACCCAGUCAAGAACAUGAAGCUCACGGUGGAUGAGGCGGUUAAGAGCGGUCUCGUUGGAAAAGAGCUCCAUCAGAAGCUGUUGUCUGCAGAAAGGGCAGUUACUGGGUACAAAGACCCCUACACCGGCAACAUCAUCUCCUUGUUCCAGGCUCUGAAGAAGGAUUUGAUCAUCAAGGAACAUGGGAUUCGCCUGCUGGAGGCACAGAUUGCCACAGGGGGCAUCAUCGACCCGGUACACAGCCAUCGCCUCCCUGUCGAUGUGGCGUACAAGAGAGGGAUGUUUGAUGAGGAGAUGAACAAGAUUCUGGCCGAUGCAGGAGAUGACACCAAGGGAUUCUUCGAUCCCAACACCAAGGAGAACCUCACCUAUCUACAGCUGAAGCAGAGAUGUGUGAGUGACCAGGACACUUGUCUGUGCUUGCUGAAGAUAUCAGAUGGAAAUGUGAAGACACAUCAGGGAUAUACCAUUGAUGAAAUCAUGAGCACAUUUCAGAAGGAGACCAUGUUUGUAUCAUGUGGCAAGUUCAAAGGCAGAACUAUCUCAAUUUGGGAAAUCCUCCAUUCUGAAUAUUUCACAGAUGAGAAGAGGAAGAAGCUGAUGGAGAUGUACAGAUUGAGGGAAGUUGACAUAAAGACCCUCAUAACAAAAAUAAACACCAUUAUUGAGCAAACCCAAGACCAGACCAUCGCUGUGACACCCUCUGUGGCUCUGCCAUGUCAGAGCCCCCUGGUCUACACUGCAGAAGAGACUGAAGCUGCCUUUCAAAAGACAACACUCACCUUCACACUCUGGUGUCUUCUUCAUUCUAAGCUCUUUACUGAAGAGGAGCGCACAUCAUUGAUUGACAGGUAUAUCAGGAAGGAGUUUGAUAUGGCGACGGUGAUCACAACCAUCACCACAAGAGUUGAGGCAAGACAAAGCCAAUUGGACACCUCAAUCACUUUUGCCGGUCUCCGAGCAGAUAUUUCCCUUCAGGAAUUGGUGGAGUCGGAGGUUAUUGAUGAAGCAACAUUGCUGGAUCUGAAGGAGGGGAAGAAGACUGUGCAGGAAGUCAGUGAGCUGGAGUCGGUGAAGGUCUACUUGAAGGGAUCAGACAGCAUUGCCGGCAUCCUGGUAGGAUCAACCAAUGAGAAGAUGAGCAUCUACCAAGCCAUGAAGAAAGGUCUGCUGAUGCCUGGAACGGCCCUGAUCCUGCUGGAAGCUCAGGCGGCGACCGGCUUUCUCAUUGACCCAGUCAAGAACAUGAAGCUCACGGUGGAUGAGGCGGUUAAGAGCGGUCUCGUUGGAAAAGAGCUCCAUCAGAAGCUGUUGUCUGCAGAAAGGGCAGUUACUGGAUACAAAGACCCCUACACCGGCAACAUCAUCUCCUUGUUCCAGGCUCUGAAGAAGGAUUUGAUCAUCAAGGAACAUGGGAUUCGCCUGCUGGAGGCACAGAUUGCCACAGGGGGCAUCAUCGACCCGGUACACAGCCAUCGCCUCCCUGUCGAUGUGGCGUACAAGAGAGGGAUGUUUGAUGAGGAGAUGAACAAGAUUCUGGAUGAUGCAGGAGAUGACACCAAGGGAUUCUUCGACCCCAACACCAAGGAGAACCUUACCUAUCUACAGCUGAAACAGAGAUGUGUGAGUGACCAGGACACUUGUUUGUGCUUGCUGAAGAUAUCAAAUGGAAGCAUGCAGACUCACAAGGGAUAUACCAUUGAGGAAAUCAUGAGCGCAUUUCAGAAGGAGACCAUGUUUGUAUCAUGUGGCAAGUUCAAAGGCAGAUCUAUCUCAAUUUGGGAAAUCCUCCAUUCUGAAUAUUUCACAGAGGAGAAGAGGAAGAAGCUGAUGGAGAUGUACAGAUUGAGGGAAGUUGACAUAAAGACCCUCAUAACAAAAAUAAACACCAUUAUUGAGCAAACUCAAGACAAGACCAUUGCUGUGACACCUUCUGAGGCUCUGCCAUGUCAGAGCCCCCUGGUCUACACUGCAGAAGAGACUGAAGCUGCCUUUCAAAAGACAACACUCACCUUCACGCUCUGGUGUCUUCUUCAUUCUAAGCUCUUUACUGAAGAGGAGCGCACAUCAUUGAUUGACAGGUAUAUCAGGAAGGAGAUUGAUAUGGCGACGGUGAUCACAACCAUCACCACAAGAGUUGAGGCAAGACAAAGCCAAUUGGACACCUCAAUCACCUUUGCCGGUCUCCGAGCAGAUAUUUCCCUUCAGGAAUUGGUGGAGUCGGAGGUUAUUGAUGAAGCAACAUUGCUGGAUCUGAAGGAGGGGAAGAAGACUGUGCAAGAAGUCAGUGAGCUGGAGUCGGUGAAGGUCUACUUGAAGGGAUCAGACAGCAUUGCCGGCAUCCUGGUAGGAUCAACCAAUGAGAAGAUGAGCAUCUACCAAGCCAUGAAGAAAGGUCUGCUGAUGCCUGGAACGGCCCUGAUCCUGCUGGAAGCUCAGGCGGCGACCGGCUUUCUCAUUGACCCAGUCAAGAACAUGAAGCUCACGGUGGAUGAGGCGGUUAAGAGCGGUCUCGUUGGAAAAGAGCUCCAUCAGAAGCUGUUGUCUGCAGAAAGGGCAGUUACUGGAUACAAAGACCCCUACACCGGCAACAUCAUCUCCUUGUUCCAGGCUCUGAAGAAGGAUUUGAUCAUCAAGGAACAUGGGAUUCGCCUGCUGGAGGCACAGAUUGCCACAGGGGGCAUCAUCGACCCGGUACACAGCCAUCGCCUCCCUGUCGAUGUGGCGUACAAGAGAGGGAUGUUUGAUGAGGAGAUGAACAAGAUUCUGGAUGAUGCAGGAGAUGACACCAAGGGAUUCUUCGACCCCAACACCAAGGAGAACCUUACCUAUCUACAGCUGAAACAGAGAUGUGUGAGUGACCAGGACACUUGUUUGUGCUUGCUGAAGAUAUCAAAUGGAAGCAUGCAGACUCACAAGGGAUAUACCAUUGAGGAAAUCAUGAGCGCAUUUCAGAAGGAGACCAUGUUUGUAUCAUGUGGCAAGUUCAAAGGCAGAUCUAUCUCAAUUUGGGAAAUCCUCCAUUCUGAAUAUUUCACAGAGGAGAAGAGGAAGAAGCUGAUGGAGAUGUACAGAUUGAGGGAAGUUGACAUAAAGACCCUCAUAACAAAAAUAAACACCAUUAUUGAGCAAACUCAAGACAAGACCAUUGCUGUGACACCUUCUGAGGCUCUGCCAUGUCAGAGCCCCCUGGUCUACACUGCAGAAGAGACUGAAGCUGCCUUUCAAAAGACAACACUCACCUUCACGCUCUGGUGUCUUCUUCAUUCUAAGCUCUUUACUGAAGAGGAGCGCACAUCAUUGAUUGACAGGUAUAUCAGGAAGGAGAUUGAUAUGGCGACGGUGAUCACAACCAUCACCACAAGAGUUGAGGCAAGACAAAGCCAAUUGGACACCUCAAUCACCUUUGCCGGUCUCCGAGCAGAUAUUUCCCUUCAGGAAUUGGUGGAGUCGGAGGUUAUUGAUGAAGCAACAUUGCUGGAUCUGAAGGAGGGGAAGAAGACUGUGCAAGAAGUCAGUGAGCUGGAGUCGGUGAAGGUCUACUUGAAGGGAUCAGACAGCAUUGCCGGCAUCCUGGUAGGAUCAACCAAUGAGAAGAUGAGCAUCUACCAAGCCAUGAAGAAAGGUCUGCUGAUGCCUGGAACGGCCCUGAUCCUGCUGGAAGCUCAGGCGGCGACCGGCUUUCUCAUUGACCCAGUCAAGAACAUGAAGCUCACGGUGGAUGAGGCGGUUAAGAGCGGUCUCGUUGGAAAAGAGCUCCAUCAGAAGCUGUUGUCUGCAGAAAGGGCAGUUACUGGAUACAAAGACCCCUACACCGGCAACAUCAUCUCCUUGUUCCAGGCUCUGAAGAAGGAUUUGAUCAUCAAGGAACAUGGGAUUCGCCUGCUGGAGGCACAGAUUGCCACAGGGGGCAUCAUCGACCCGGUACACAGCCAUCGCCUCCCUGUCGAUGUGGCGUACAAGAGAGGGAUGUUUGAUGAGGAGAUGAACAAGAUUCUGGAUGAUGCAGGAGAUGACACCAAGGGAUUCUUCGACCCCAACACCAAGGAGAACCUUACCUAUCUACAGCUGAAACAGAGAUGUGUGAGUGACCAGGACACUUGUUUGUGCUUGCUGAAGAUAUCAAAUGGAAGCAUGCAGACUCACAAGGGAUAUACCAUUGAGGAAAUCAUGAGCGCAUUUCAGAAGGAGACCAUGUUUGUAUCAUGUGGCAAGUUCAAAGGCAGAUCUAUCUCAAUUUGGGAAAUCCUCCAUUCUGAAUAUUUCACAGAGGAGAAGAGGAAGAAGCUGAUGGAGAUGUACAGAUUGAGGGAAGUUGACAUAAAGACCCUCAUAACAAAAAUAAACACCAUUAUUGAGCAAACUCAAGACAAGACCAUUGCUGUGACACCUUCUGAGGCUCUGCCAUGUCAGAGCCCCCUGGUCUACACUGCAGAAGAGACUGAAGCUGCCUUUCAAAAGACAACACUCACCUUCACGCUCUGGUGUCUUCUUCAUUCUAAGCUCUUUACUGAAGAGGAGCGCACAUCAUUGAUUGACAGGUAUAUCAGGAAGGAGAUUGAUAUGGCGACGGUGAUCACAACCAUCACCACAAGAGUUGAGGCAAGACAAAGCCAAUUGGACACCUCAAUCACCUUUGCCGGUCUCCGAGCAGAUAUUUCCCUUCAGGAAUUGGUGGAGUCGGAGGUUAUUGAUGAAGCAACAUUGCUGGAUCUGAAGGAGGGGAAGAAGACUGUGCAAGAAGUCAGUGAGCUGGAGUCGGUGAAGGUCUACUUGAAGGGAUCAGACAGCAUUGCCGGCAUCCUGGUAGGAUCAACCAAUGAGAAGAUGAGCAUCUACCAAGCCAUGAAGAAAGGUCUGCUGAUGCCUGGAACGGCCCUGAUCCUGCUGGAAGCUCAGGCGGCGACCGGCUUUCUCAUUGACCCAGUCAAGAACAUGAAGCUCACGGUGGAUGAGGCGGUUAAGAGCGGACUCGUUGGAAAAGAGCUCCAUCAGAAGCUGUUGUCCGCAGAAAGGGCAGUUACUGGAUACAAAGACCCCUACACCGGCAACAUCAUCUCCUUGUUCCAGGCUCUGAAGAAGGAUUUGAUCAUCAAGGAACAUGGGAUUCGCCUGCUGGAGGCACAGAUUGCCACAGGGGGCAUCAUCGACCCGGUACACAGCCAUCGCCUCCCUGUCGAUGUGGCGUACAAGAGAGGGAUGUUUGAUGAGGAGAUGAACAAGAUUCUGGCCGAUGCAGGAGAUGACACCAAGGGAUUCUUCGAUCCCAACACCAAGGAGAACCUCACCUAUCUACAGCUGAAGCAGAGAUGUAUUAAGGAUCCUAUGACAGAUCUCUGUUUUUUGUUACUGAGUCGAUAAAUAGUCGAAUUGUCUUGUUGAAUAAUCUUAUUAUUAUUAUUAGGUACUACUGUUUAAGUGUACUAUAUAAUUUUAAUUAAUUCCCUGUCAUGUCCACAUGCCAUAGCUCUGCAGUCCUAAGCUUGUAACUUCCCCUCUUCAAUGGAACGACUUGUCCUUCUUCCCCCAUGCCCAUGUGCUCCAUUGUCUUUAAUUUUCCUCUCCUGUCUUUCUCUUUCCAUUCACACUGUCCCCCUCCCCUGACUCCAGAUCUGAUAUGAGACUGAUGAGGACUUUAACACAUUUCAUUUCAAGCCCCAAUAGAAUUAGCAUUGUGGCAUUUCACUUGCCAUUGUCCUGCUGCAUCUGCGGAUAGAGGACACAUUGAAGAAUUUCCCUCAGAACUGAGAGGAGGCAAAUAAGAUGGUUGAGCAGCUGCAAGAGAAGUUGUUUGUAAUAUGGCUUUUCUUCAGUUUGUGCAGUUCCAUUCAGACCUUCUGUGUUGUACACGUUCAGCAUGAUCCUAUUGGAGCACAGGGUAAUGUGGACAGCUUUGGGGAAUUCAGGCCAUUAUCCGAUAUCGAGUCUGUGGUCAGCAAAAGAAAGGAGGCAUACGGUUGGAUUUGGCAAUUGGAAAGAAGAAAAUCCAGGCUCAUUGAGGUCUUUAGUUGUGCUGACUGCUUCAGCAAGAAGUGUAAACAGAGCCUGAUUUCCUGUUCCUGUAUUAAUUUUCAAAGCUGUACAAAGCCAUCGUCCAUCUCGAUCCGAUGUUUUCUGUGGCGAAUCAUAAAUGACUCCGUGUUGACAGACAUGCCAAACUUCUUUAAUUUCCUGAGGAAGUAAAGGCAUUGCUGAGUUUUUUUAGUUGUGGCGCUGAGUCAUGGACAGGCGAUUGGUGAUGUUUACUUGUGGGAAGUUGAAGCUCUCGACCCUCUCAGCAUUAAAAUCAUUGAUGUAGACAGCAGCAUGUGCUCUCCCCCCCCACACACUUUCUGAAGUCAGUGACCAGCUCCUUUGUCAUGACAAAUGACACUAAGCUAUCUACCUCUUUCCUGUAUCCGGAGUGAUCAUUAUUUGAAAUAUGUUGACUAUGGUGGUAUCAUCUGCCAAGUUAGAGAUGGAGUUUGAGCACAAUAUGGCCAUGGAGUAAUGAGUAUACAGGGGAAGAGCAGGGGGGUGCGACGACACAUGGGGUAUGGGGUAACAUUGUUGAGAAUAAUUAUAGUUGAGCUGUUGCUGUGAAUCCUUAAUGGUUACAGUCUGUUGGUUAGGAAGUUAAGGAUCUAGUUGCAGAUUGAGGCAUUGACAACUCAGGUCUAGGAUUUUGGUGAUUAAUUUUUUUAAUUGGAGUACUAAAGUCAGAACUGUAGUCAAUAAACUAUAGAGGCAUAUGUACUACCAUACAGAAAGAGGACAUUGCGAACUUGAUCUUCUGUCUAGUCCAACCUACAUUGACAAAGACCACACUGCUCAAACCCCUCCCAUCCAUGUACCUAUCCAAACAUUUCUUAAAUAAUACAAUUCAACCCACAGUUACCACUUCCACUGGCAAAUUGUUCCACACCCGCAACAGCCACUGAGUGAAGAAGCACCCGCUCAGGCUCCCCAUCAAAUAUUUCGCCUCAUAAUUCUGUGACUAUGACCUCUAGUUUGUCUCACCCAACACAAGGGGGAAAAGCCUGCAUGUAUUUACCCUGUCUACACCCCUCACCAUUGUGUAUCACCUAUAUGAUCUCCCGUCAUUUUCCUAUACUGCAGGGGAUUUGAUCCAUAAUGUUCUACUAAGCUAAAUUAAUUAGUAUUCAAAUGUCCAAUUAAUCUUCCAGUAAUCACCUCUUUUGAACCCUCUCCAUGGCCUCAACAUCUUUCUGUUAAUGGGAUGACAAAAACUAGAUGCAGACUAACCACAGUUUUAUAAAGCUGUAACAUAAUUACCAACUCUUGAGUUCACUUCAAAGUUCAAAGUAAAUUUAUUAUCAAUUACAGUGUGUAUGACAACUUCCUUGCAGGCAACUACAGGAAAAAUAAAGACAUACAAUAGAAUUUAGAAAAUCAAUACAUGAAGAGAUCAAAAUUGACAAACAACUGAUGUUGAAAGGAAGACAAAUUGUGAAAAUUAAAAAUACUGAGAACUCAAGUUGUAAAGCGUCUUUGAAAGUGAGUGUGCAGCUCAUAAAAUCAGUCCAGUUUGGGGUGAAUUAAGUUAUACAUGCUGGUUUAAGGGCCUAAAUAAAAAAACAAGCAUGCCAUAUGCUGUGUCUGGAUGAAGGGUCUCAGUCUGAAUUUUAUUUGUUUAUUCCUCUCCAAAGAAAUGCCUGACUUCCUGAGUUCAUCCAACAUUUUGUGUGUAUUACUCUGGAUUUCCAGUAUCUGCAGAAUCUCCUGUAAUUAUUAACACAUGCCAUAUACUUUCUUUACCUCACUAUCACUUUCUAUAGCUAAUUCCAGUGUGUGAAUAUGGAUGGUCAAUGUGAAUAGUAAGCCCGCUGAUGAAACUGAAAUAGGUGCAAAUUGACAAUGAAAAUGGUUAUCAAAAAUAAUAGGGCGAUGUUGAUAAGCAGGAUAAGUGAGCAGGAGAUUGGCAAAUUCAGAGAACUGUAAAGUGUUGAAUUUCAGUAAGUUAAACCAGAUAUCUCUUGUACAGUGAAUAGUCGGUCACUGGGGGUUGUUGUGGAACAGAGGGGCAUUUAACCUUUCAUCAAAGUACAUUUGAUUGAAGAUAAAAGAUCUGAAAGAUUAGCUUUAUUUGUCACAUGUACAUCGAAACAUGUAUGAAAUGGUUCAUUUGUGUCAAAUCAAAUCAAUGAGGAUUUUGCUGGGCAGACUGCAGGUGUAGCCAUGCUUCCUGUGCAAAAGUGUGCUGGGGCCUACUUGGGGAAAGGUGAUCUUACACUGGGUGUUUGUAAAAUCUCAGUUCUUAUUAGGGAGCCUAAUGUAAAGGAAUCCAUAGGAGGCAAUGAUCAUAAUAUGAUUAAAUUCAUACUGCAUUUUGACAGGGAGAAGCAUAAAUCACAUGUAUCAAUACCGCAAUGGAAUAAAGGGAAUUACAGAGGCUUCAGAGAGAAGCUUGCCCAAGUGAUAGGAGGAUACUGGCGGAGAUAAUGGCAGAUCAGAGGUAGCUGAAGUUUCUGGGAAUAGUUCACAAGGUGCAGGAUAGAUAAAUCCCACGGAAGAAGGACUAGGACUAGGACUAGGUAACAAAAGAAGUUAAGGACUGCAUAAAAGCCAAGGAAAGGCAUAUAAGGUAGCAAAAAUAAGUGUGAAAUUGGAUGAUUGGGAAGCUUCUAAAAUCCAACAAAAGGCAACUAAAACUGCUAUAAGUAAGAAAAAAAAUAAAAUAUGAGGGCAAACUAGCCAAUAAUAUAAAGCAGGAUAUUAAUAGUAUUUUCAGUUAUAUAAAGCGUAAAAGGAAGGCAAGAGAUGAUAUUGGACCACUGGAAAAUGAUGCUGGUGAGAUAUUAAUGGGAGACAAAGAAAUGGCAGAUGAAUUUAAUGGGUACUUUUCAUCAGUCUUCAGUGUGGAAGACGCUAACAGUGUGCCAGAGGUCUGUGAGUGUUAGGGAGUAGGAGUGAGUGCCACUGUUAUUACAAAGGUAAAAGUGCUGGCAAACUCAAAGGCUUUAAGGUGGAUAAGACACUUAGGCCAGAUGGACAACAUCCCAAAGUCCUGAGAGAGAUUGCUGAAGAGAUAACGGAUGCAUUGGUCAUGAUCUGUCAAGAAUCACUUGAUUCUGGCAUGGUCGUGGAGGACUGGAAGUUUGCAAAUGUCACUCCACUCUUUAAGAAGGGAGGAGGGCAAAAGAAAGAGAAUUACAGGCCAGUUAGCCUAACCUCAGUGGUUGGGAAAGUGGUGGAGUCUAUUAUUAAGGAUGAGGUUUUGGGGUACAAUUAUUUGGACACUAAUGAGAAAAUAAGUCAAAGUCAGUAUAGUUUCUGUAAAGGGAAAUCUUGCCUGACAAAUCUGUUAGAGUUCUUUGAAGAAAUAACAAGCAGGGUGGACAAAGGAGAGGCAGAGGAUGUCGUUUACUUGGAUUUUCACAGGCACUUGAUAAGCUGCCACACAUUAUAGGAAAAGAUGGCAUUAUAGGAAAGAUACUGGCAUGGAUAGAGGAAUGGCUGGCAGGCAAGAGGCAACGAGUGGGAAUAGAAGCGGCCUUUUCUGGUUGGCUGCCAGUGACUAGUGGUGUUCCUGAGGGUCAGUAUUGGGACCGCUACCUAUCAUUUGUUUGACAAUGAUUUAGACAAUGGAAUUUAUGGUUUUGUGGCAGGGUUUGUGGAUGAUACAAAAAUAGGUGGAGGGGUAGGGAGUGCUGAGGAAGCAAUGUAAUUGCAGCAGGACUUAGACAAAUUGAGAGAAUGGGAAGGUGGCAGAUGAAAUACAGUGUUGGGGAAUGUAUGAUCAUGCAUUUUGCUAAAAGGAACAACAGUGCAGACUGUUAUCUAAAUGGUGAGAAAAUUCAAAUGAAGGUGUCCUCGUGCAAGACUCCCAGAGGGUUAAUUUACAAGUUGAGUCUGUGGUGAGGAAGGCAAAUGCAGUGUUGGCAUUCAUUUCAAGAGAACUAGAAUAUAAAAGCAAGGAUGUAAUGUUGAGCAACACACACAAGAUGCUGGAGGAACUCAGCAGACAAGGCAGCAUCUAUGGAAAAAAGUAUAGUUGAAGUUUCAGGCCCAGACCCUUUGGCAGGACUAGAGAAAAAAGAUGAGGAGAAGAUUUAAAAGUUGAGGGUGUGGGGAGAGUAUCCGUGAUACUUCACACACUCUGGAUCUUUUCAAUGGCCACCAUCAUCUUAAUUUCACUAUGGAUGUCCAGUCCCUAUACACCUCCAUCACCGACCAGGAAGGCCUCAAAACUCUCCAUUUCUUUCUGGACACCAGACCCAACCAGUUACUCUCCACCACCACUCCUCUCCAUCUAGUGGAACUUGUCCUCACUCUUAAUAAUUUCUCCUUUGGCUCCUUCUACUUGUUUCAAAUGAAAGGUAUAGCCAUGGGCACUCACAUGGGUCCUAGCUAUGCCUACCUUGUUGUCGGUUACAUGGAACAGUCUAUGUUCCAAGCCUACACUUGUGUCUGUCCCCCACUUUUCCUAUGCUACACUGACAACUGCAUUGGUACUGAUUUCUGCACCCAAGCUGAGCUCAUCGAUUUCAUUAACUUUGCCUCCAACUUCCAACCUGCCCUCAAAAUUACCUGGUCCAUUUCCGACACCUCCCUCCCUUUUCUCAAUCUCAUUAUCUCUGGAAACAGUUUAUCUACUAUUGUCUAUUAUAAACCCACAGACUCUCACAGCUACCUGGACUAUACCUCUCCCCAUCCUCUUCUUCUCUCUAUUCCUCCAUCCCCACCACAUCUGCUCUCAGGAUAAGGCUUUUCAUUCUAGGACAAUGGAGAACUGUAUGUCAAUGAUUUGGAAGUUGUAACCCUCCUAGAUCAAAUUUCCAUGUCAAUUUUUCCAACGAUAUUCUUGACAUCUUACUUUUCCAAAGGAACUUCCUCACAAAUUUAUUUAACCCUUGAAAAAACUUCUGGGGUAAUUGUAUUGGUAGUGUUUGGAAUAAAUAUUGUAAUCUAGGGAAUAUAUUCAUUUUUACAGCAUUUACUCUGCCUACUAAUGUUAUUGGUAACAUCAUCCAUUUAUCAAGAUCUUCUUGAAGUUUUUUUCAAUAAUGGUAAAUAAUUUAAUUUAUAUAAAUUCUUUAUAUCAUUAUCAACUCUUAUACCUAAAUAUUUUAUACCAUUUAUCGGCCAUCUAAAUUGAGUUAUUAAUCGAUAUUGACUAUAAUCUCCUUUAGUUAGUCACUUUUAUCCCAAUUUAUUUUGUAGCCUGAUAUUUUCCCAUAUUCUUCCAAUCUAGAAGAUAAUUUACAUAGCGAAUACAAUGGGUUUGUUAAAUAAAUCAGAACAUCGUCAACAAAUAAGUUAAUCUUGUAUUCCUCCUGGUUAACUCUGAAACCCUUAAUAUCUGGGUCCAUUCUAAUUAAUUCAGCUAAUGGUUCUAUUGCCAACACAAAUAAAGCAGGUGAUAAUGGCCAACCUUGUCUAGUUGACCUUGUUAACUGAAAUGAUGUUGAAAUUUGACCAUUUGUCACUACUUUAGCUUUGGGAUUAGUAUUUAAGCUUUUAAUCCAUUUUAGAAAGAAUACUCCUAAUCUGUAUUUUUCCAAAUUCCUGAAAAAGAAAAUCCUAUUCCAAUCUAUCAAAUACUUUUUCUGCAUCUAAAGCAACUGCCACACUCAUUUCCUCCCUCUUUUGGGCCAAAUGAAUUAUGCUAAGUAACCGGGUUACAUUAUCUGCCGAUUGUCUAUUUUUGAUAAAUCCUGUUUGAUCCAUAUGUAUUAAUUUUGGUAAGUAUUUAGAUAAUCUACUAGAUAACAUUUUUGCUAUUAUUUUAUAAUCAGUGCUUAACAAAGAAAUAGGUCUAUAUGAUGUUGGCUUUAAAAGAUCUCUAUCUUUUUUUGGCAAUACUAUUAAAAUAGCUGUCGAAAAAGAUUCUGGAAGUUUAUGCGUUCUUUCCACUUGGUGUAUUAACUCCAUAAAAGGAGGAAUUAGUAAAUCUUUAAACUUUUUGUAAAAUUCGGGUGGAAAACCAUCUUCUCCUGGGGAUUUAUUAUUCUGAAGUGAUCCUAGAGCUUCUUCGACCUCUUUUCAUGUAAAAGGCAAAUCUAAUCCCUUCUGUUCUUCUGAAUUCAAUUUUGAAAGUUAUUUGUGAUAAAAACCUUUCUAU